GGCGCUGAGAGAGGGGCUGAGCGAUCUUCUGCGCCGCACACUUUACUGCAGUGGAGGGGUCUCGAGACGGAAGCGGCGGUACAAGCAUGGGUAUCAUUGAACGGCCCUGUGUCUCUUCUCUGAAGUGGUUUUAAAGCCUGUGGAAACUGCCGGGAGUCUUCACAUUGACACGAUGAAGCAGUGUCCCAUUCUCGUGUAAUCACAACCCAGAGGAGGCCUUUGACAGUUGCUGAUGGACUGAUGGCUCCAGAGUGACAUGCGAUGGCUUUAAUGAUUCCGCCAGUAAAACUCAAAUGGUUGGAGCACCUAAACAGCUCAUGGAUCACCGAGGACAGCGAGUCAAUCGCCACCCGAGAAGGUGUUUCCAUUCUCUACUCCAAGCUCUUGGCCAACAAGGAGGUUGUGCUUCUGCCCCAGCAAGUGCUCUGUCUAAAGGGUCCCCAACUGCCAGACUUUGAGCGUGAGUCCCUAUCCAGCGAUGAACAGGAGCACUACUUGGAUGCUCUACUGGGCAGUCAAUUGGCCUUGGCCAAGAUGGUCUGCUCCGACUCCCCCUUUGCUGCCGCCCUGCGCAAACGCGUGUUAGUUCUUCAACGUAUAUUCUAUGCAAUUUCCAACAAGUAUCAUGACAAGGGGAAGAUCAAGCAGCAGCAACAUUCUCCAGAGAACAACUCGGGCUCCAGUGAUCUGCACUGUGUUAGUGAGCGGCCCCGCUCGAGCACUGAUGCACUCAUUGAGAUGGGUGUUCGCACAGGCCUCAGCCUUCUAUUUGCGCUUCUACGACAGAGUUGGAUGAUUACUCCUCCACCCAGUCCUGGUGGUGGAGCUGGAGGCAACUUAAACCUGUGUAACGAUGUCAUUCAUACGGCUAUUGAUGUAGUUAGUUCCUUGCCGCCACUUUCUCUGGCCAAUGAGAGUAAGAUCCCAUCAAUGGGCCUGGAUUGCCUGGCCCAGGUCACAACGUUUUUAAAGGGAGUUACGAUGCCAAACUCUGGGGCGGAUAUCUUGGGGCGACGGCUGGCCUCAGAGUUACUGCUAGGACUCGCCUCUCAAAGGGGUUCCCUUCGUUACUUGCUUGAAUGGAUUGAGAUGGCUCUAGCUGCAUCAGCUGUGGUUAGCAGUAUAGAACAUAGUAAGGUUCUACAGAGCCAAGAAGGCCUAAUUGGCUAUGAUUGUUUCAUGAACAUCCUGAUGCAAAUGAGACGCUCAUUGGGCUCUUCAGCAGAUCGCAGUCAAUGGAGAGAACCCACGCGGAACCCUGAUGGGCUAUGCUCAUUGUAUGAGGCAGCACUUUGUCUUUUUGAAGAGGUAUGUCGAAUGGCAUCCGACUACUCCCGAACCUGUGUCAGUCCAGACAGCAUCCAGACUGGGGAAUCACCUGUAGUAUCGGAAACCUGUGAGGUUUACGUGUGGGGAAGUAACAGCAGCCAUCAACUAGUGGAGGGUACACAGGAGAAAAUUCUGCAACCGAAGCUGGCCCCCAGCUUUGCUGAUGCACAGACAAUUGAGGCUGGCCAAUACUGUACAUUUGUAAUCUCUUCUGAUGGCUCUGUGCGGGCUUGUGGAAAGGGAAGCUAUGGCCGAUUAGGCCUCGGGGACUCCAACAACCAGUCCACACUUAAAAAGCUGACAUUUGAACCCCACCGUGCCAUCAAAAAAGUGUCAUCAUCUAAGGGCUCGGAUGGCCACACACUAGCCUUCACUACGGAGGGUGAAGUGUUCAGCUGGGGUGAUGGUGAUUAUGGCAAGCUCGGUCACGGGAACAGCUCAACACAGAAAUAUCCUAAACUGAUCCAAGGACCACUACAAGGAAAGGUGGUGGUAUGUGUAUCUGCUGGCUAUAGACACAGUGCUGCAGUCAGUGAAGAUGGAGAGCUUUAUACAUGGGGUGAAGGUGAUUUUGGAAGAUUGGGUCAUGGUGACAGCAACAGCCGAAACAUUCCCACCUUGGUCAAAGACAUCAGCAAUGUUGGCGAAGUGUCGUGUGGCAGCUCUCAUACAAUUGCUCUCUCAAAAGAUGGCCGUACCGUGUGGUCCUUUGGAGGAGGAGACAAUGGAAAACUUGGUCAUGGUGAUACUAAUCGAGUUUACAAACCCAAAGUGGUGGAAGCUCUACAAGGCAUGUUCAUCAGGAAAGUGUGCGCUGGCAGUCAAUCGUCUCUUGCCUUAACUUCAACUGGACAGGUGUAUGCUUGGGGCUGCGGCGCUUGCCUGGGUUGUGGAUCUUCUGAGGCGACAGCACUCAGACCUAAGCUGAUCGAGGAGCUGGCUACAACCAGGGUUGUGGACAUCUCAAUAGGGGACAGCCACUGUUUGGCCCUGUCGCAUGACAAUGAAGUGUUUGCAUGGGGAAACAACUCCAUGGGCCAGUGUGGGCAGGGAAACUCCACUGGACCAAUUACAAAGCCGAGAAAAAUAGUAGGCUUGGAUGGAGUGACUGUACAGCAGAUAUCAGCUGGAACUUCUCAUAGUCUGGCCUGGACAGCCCUUCCCAGAGACAGGCAAGUGGUAGCCUGGCACAGACCUUAUUGUGUUGACCUUGAGGAAAGCACCUUCUCCCAUUUGCGCUGCUUCCUUGACCGCUAUUGCGAUGGUAUCAACAGUGAAGUUCCUCCUCUCCCCUUCCCUUCAUCGAGGGAGCAUCAUAACUUUCUUAAGCUGUGCCUUCGGCUUUUAUCCAAUCAUCUGGCUCUUGCGCUUGCCGGGGGAGUAGCUACGAGUAUCUUAGGUCGGCAAGCCAGACCUCUGAGAAAUCUGCUCUUCAGACUGAUGGACUCUUCUGUGCCAGAUGAGAUUCAGGAGGCAGUGAUUGAGACACUUUCUGUGGGAGCAACCAUGCUGCUGCCUCCACUGAGAGAGAGGAUGGAGCUUCUUCACUCUUUACUGCCUCAGGGCCCUGACAGAUGGGAAAGUCUGUCUAAAGGACAGAGAAUGCAGCUGGACAUCAUCCUGACUAGUCUUCAGGACCACACCCAUGUAGCCUCACUGCUGGGUUAUAGCUCUCCUUCUGAUGGCCCUGAAGCGCUUAGCACUGGCCUGAGAUUCACAGCGUCCCCAGACACUAACCACAGUGCCACAGCAGGACACCCUGACACUCAUCUAGCAGAGAUCCUCAUGAAGACACUACUAAGGAACCUCGGUUUUUAUACUGAUCAGGCUUUUGGUGAACUGGAGAAAAACAGUGACAAGUUGCAGCAGGACAUCUCCUCUUCUGACAGCAGCCAGCCAGCUCACCUCCACCAACUACUUUGCUCCUUGCAGAAGCAGCUAUUAGCUUAUUGCCAUGUCAACCACAUGACUGAGAACUCCAGCAGUGUAGCUCUCCUCCAUAAGCAUUUGCAGCUUCUUCUACCUCAUGCCACAGAUAUCUUCUCUCGUUCAGCCACUUUGAUUAAAGAGAGUUCUGGGAAUGGCAGUGUACAUGAGAAGCUACAAGAUGUGAUCUUUGUGUCAGCGGCAGGCAGUAUGCUGUGCCAGAUCAUCAACUCAUUGCUUCUGCUUCCUGUGUCUGUGGCGAGACCUUUACUAAGCUUCCUCCUUGACUUAUUACCUCCACUGGACCGGCUAAACAGGCUGUUGCCUGCUGCGUCUCCUUUAGAGGACCAGGAGCUGCAGUGGCCUCUUCAUGGUAUGUCAGAUUUUGCGGAGCCAGCUUCAGGAAUGUCUCUUCCACAGCCGGUGAUGUCCUGGAUAUGGCUUGUUGAUUUGGAGAGGACAGUAGCCCUGCUGGUAGGUCGUUGUCUUGGUGGGAUGCUGCAGGGCACUCCUGCCUCUUUGGAAGAGCAUGAUACUGGUUACUGGCUCAAAACCCCACUUUUCAGCAAUGGCUUGGAGAUGGACAUCCCUCAGCUGGAUAAUUCUAUCAGCUCUUUGUUGGAAGCUGCACUGUCGGAUAAUGAAGAACAGAAGCCUUUUGACUGCACAUUGCACCCCAAUUUAAGCAUCCUGGUGGAUUUGGCUUUAGGCUCCUCCAAAGAACCUGCCAACAGCCUCUGGAUCAGCAUGCAAGACUAUGCCAUCAGUAAAGAUUGGGACAAUGCCUCUCUUAGCAACGAGUCUCUAUUGGACACUGUAUCCAGGUUUGUCUUAGCAGCUUUAUUGAAGCACACUGGGUUGCUCAAACAAGCACAUGGAGAGGGAAGAGACCAGCCAUCCAAGUCCUUGGUUGAGGUCUAUCGCAGUGUUUUUAUUGUACGAAAUCGCCUCCUGGCAUGUAAGCAUAUGGAUUUUAUCCAGACGCGAUCUUCAUCCCGGGAAAGGAGGAUUUCAGACAAUCAGGACUCUCUAGACAUGGAUCCACAAGAACAUUCAUUCACCCGCACCAUUGAUGAGGAGGCUGAAUUGGAAGAGAGAGCUGACCUUGAGAGAGAAGAAGGCCAUCAGGAGCAAGAUGAUGAUGAAGAAGAUCGGGAACAUGAAGUCAUGACAGCUGGAAAAAUCUUUCAGUGUUUCCUCUCAGCACGAGAGAUAGCACGUAGCCGGGACAGAGAGAGGGCUACCAGCAUAGGCCUUGGCUCCAGCUUGGUUUCCAGGAAUGGUGGAACCAAUGGAGGUGCAGAAGAGGAUACCAAUCUGUCUCAAGAUGGAAGAAGGGGUAGUGCGAUUCUCCCUGAAGGCCAGGACUUGUACACAGCAGCCUGUAACUCAGUGAUCCACCGCUGUGCCCUGCUGAUUUUGGGGGUUAGCCCUGUGUUGGGUGAAUUGACUAAACAGAACCAAGAGGAGGGACAUAGUGCUCCUGGAACACAAGACUGUCUUGGCUUCAUGACCAGUUACAGAGAUCAGAUUUGGUUGAAAAUCUGUAGAACUCUAGUCCUGAUUGGUAAAGAGGUGACAAGCAUCAGAGAAAGGAGUGAGAGUCUGAGUGCAGAAAACCGCUCAGUACAAAACAGUCCCAGCUAUAGGUUGAUGAAAUCAAGGAGUGAAUCUGACCUCUCCCAGCCUGAGUCAGAUGAGGAGGGAUAUAAUCUGAGUGGAAGGAGAAAUGUUGACCUGGACUUCGCGUUCUCUCACAAAAAGAGAGAUGCCCAUCGCAGAUAUCAUUCUGCCACAAAAGAGUCUGCAUCCAAAUUAUGUUUUUCAGGUCUACUUCAUACCUCUCCUGACUCACUGGCUGAGUCCUGGUUUCGUGCAAAACUGAGCCGUCAGCGUAGUUACAGCUCAGCAUACUCAUAUGAAGAAUCUGACUUGGACCUGAACCGCUCACUUGGUAUUCAUGCUCUCAUUGACAAUAUGAUCAGCUUCAUCAAUGGUGAUGUUGGCCUAACACCAGCCUUCAAAGAACCGGAGGAAAGCAUGUCAACUAGUCCACAAGCCACUGUCUUAGCUAUGGAACAGCAACAAAGUAGGGCAGAGCUGAGGUUAGAAGCGCUGCAUCAAAUUGUGGUGUUGAUUGGUGGUAUGGAGGAGAAGGGCUGUCUACCAGGGAACACCGAUCGCCCUUGCAGUACCUUCCAGUCCUCUUCCCUACUCACCUCUGUCAGGUUGCAGUUCUUGGCUGGUUGUUUUGGCCUGGGUACAAUUGGCAAUGGAGGGCUGAAGCGAGAGAGUGUGCAGCUGCAUCAUUAUCAGGAUGGUGUAAAAACAGCUAAGAGAAGCCUCCAGUUGGAAAUCCAGACAGCAGUUCAUAAGAUUUACCAGCAGCUAUCUGUCACACUGGAGCGAGCGUUGCAGGCAAACAAACACCACAUAGAAGCCCAACAGCGUCUUCUGCUGGUCACUGUGUUUGCACUAAGUGUGCGCUACCAGCCUGUAGAUGUUUCACUGGCAAUUUCCAGCGGGCUCCUCAAUGUGCUAUCCCAGUUAUGUGGAACAGACACCAUGCGGGGCCAACCCCUCCAGCUGCUACACAAACCAGGAGUAUCCCAGCUCAGCACAGCUCUCAAGGUGGCCUCUACACGGUUGCUGCAGAUACUGGCCAUAAGCACUGGGACAUAUGCAGACAAGUUGAGUCCAAAGGUUGUCCAGUCUUUGCUGGACCUCCUUUGCAGCCAGUUGAAGAAUCUUCUGUCUCAGGCAGGAGUUAGUGUUCUGUCUUCUGAAAAAGACCAAGAAGAAACCAAACAGGAUGACUCUUCUGACUCUGAGAAGAAAGACUUUAGAGCUUUACUACGGAAGCAACACACUGCUGAGCUACACUUGGGAGACUUUCUUGUAUUCUUAAGGAGGGUAGUUUCUUCCAAAGCUAUUCAGUCAAAGAUGGCUUCCCCAAAAUGGACUGAAGUGCUGCUUAACAUUGCUGCCCAGAAAUGCUGCUCUGGAGUACCUCUGGUGGGGAAUUUAAGAACACGGCUUCUUGCACUUCACGUUUUGGAAGCAGUUCUACCUUCAUGUGAAGCGAGUAUGGAGGAUGACCAAAUGACACAGGUUGUUGAGCGGCUCUUCUCUCUUUUGUCUGACUGCAUGUGGGAAGCUCCCAUUGCUCAAGCCAGGCAAUCCGUCCAGAUUAAAGAAAAAGUAUAUGAACUGAAAUUGCAGGGAGAGGCUGAGGAAGAGGAGGAGAACCUACCCAUUCAAGAAGUGUCUUUUGACCCAGAGAAGACUGUGUGUUGUGUGGUGGAAAAUGGCCAAGGUCUGACACAUGGUAGUGGGGGUAAAGGCUACGGGCUGGCGUCAACUGGAAUUUCUUCUGGGUGCUACCAGUGGAAGUUUUACAUUGUGAAGGAGAAUCGGGGCAAUGAGGGCACAUGCGUCGGUGUUUCGCGAUGGCCCGUGUAUGACUAUAACCAUCGCACCACAUCAACUAUGUGGUUAUAUCGCGCAUACAGUGGAAACCUCUAUCACAAUGGGGAACAAACCCUGACACUUAGCAGUUUUACCCAAGGAGACUUCAUCACUUGUGUUUUGGAUAUGGAGGCCAGAACCAUCUCAUUUGGAAAGAAUGGAGAGGAGCCCAAGUUAGCCUUUGAGGAUGUGGAUGCUGCAGAACUGUUUCCCUGUGUGAUGUUCUAUAGCAGUAACCCAGGGGAAAAGGUUAAGAUCUGUGACAUGCAGAUGCGGGGUACACCUAGAGACCUCUUGCCCGGAGACCCAGUUUGUAGUCCAAUGGCCACCGUCCUGGCUGAGGCCACCGUACAGUUAAUCCGAAUUUUACACCGCACUAAUGACUGGACUCAUCGAAUUAACAAAACCAUGAUCGAACGCCUUCAAAAAAUCAAACCUUGCUUCAGAGAGACAGCAGGUGCUUCUGCUAGCAUUUGUGGUCAAAGGCUGAAAAAGAGUCGCUCUGUGCAGAGCCGCGAGGAGCAUGACACCCAGCGAGAUAGUCAAGAAACACCUAAGUCUGAGGAAGAAAGGGGGCGCCACGGACGACAGCAUGGUUUAAGUGAGCUUUCGGAGCACCUCUUAACAACACUCUGCACAGAGGUGUGGCCAGUUUUAGCUGUAGUCGGAGGAGCAGAUGCAGGCCUCCGGGUUGGCGGUCGUUGUGUUCACAAGCAGACUGGACGCCAUGCAACUUUGCUUGGAGUGGUGAAAGAAGGCAGUACCUCAGCCAAGGUGCAGUGGGACGAGGCUGAGAUCACAAUCAGUGACACACCAUUGUACAACUUGGAACCCUGUGAGCCUCUGCCCUUUGACGUCACACGUUUCCGUGGCCUCACUGCCUCGCUCCUGUUGGAUCUCACAUACCUUACCAGCAUCCAUGAGGAAACUGCUGCUAAGCUCAGCGCACGCCGUCAUGAAAAGAGGCAUCGCAACGCACACUCGACAGGACAUGAACCGACUAGUAAUGAAGACAAGGCAGAUCAUGAAAUUCCUCAACAUAAUGAACUGAGGGACAGUGUUUGCAAUGCCGGGGCAGUUCAAAAUCCUACUACCUGUGACCUGCGUGUGUCUCAUAGUUUAGAUGAGGUCAAGGCACAUGUGGCACCCAAAUCUGAGAGUGACAUUUCCUCAGCUGGUGGCAGUGGACUAGGUGGAAAUGACACACUUUUUCACGCUCCUGUUGAGAUGAACAGGAAGAAAGGCCACGAGCAUGGCUCUCGUAGCCAUGAGCCGUAUCCCUCAUUUACCGCUACCCAAUCAGAGAUCCACGCUGUUCAACUUUCCUAUCUCUACCUGGGAGCCAUGAAGACCCUGAGUGUCCUGCUUAGCUGUAGCAAGUAUGCUGAGCUUCUGCUUAUACCUAAGGUUUUACCAGAAUCCACUGGACACAAUGCUGAUGUUAAUGCCAGCGCCAGUACAAACACCACUGCCGCAUCUCCAUUAUGCCAAGAAGAGGUUGAGAUGCGGGCUGCGCUUCAAUUUCUAAUGCGUCAUAUGGUAAAGCGCGCGGUGUUGCGCUCCCCCAUCCAGCGGGCUUUGGGGUUGUCAGACCUGGAGAGGGCACAAGCCAUGAUUUACAAGCUUGUGGUCAACGGGCUGCUUGAAGAAUCCACUGGUACGAAAGCUAAACCUGGUGUGAGAAUUGAGCCAGAGAGUGAAGGCGAGGGUUUAGAAGGUGAACAGCUUGUACAGACACCAGUCACUACCAGUCCCUCUGCCUCUAGUACAACUUCCUUCAUGAGCUCCUCACUAGAAGAUACCACCACUGCUACAACACCUGUGACGGACACUGAAACUGUCCCUGCCACAGAGUCUCCAGGGGUCAUGCCCCUCAGUCUUCUCAGGCAAAUGUUUUCCAGCUACCCAACAACCACCUUGGUUCCAACUCGGCGGGCACAAACACCUCCGGUGUCAUCUCUUCCAACAUCGCCGUCUGAUGAGGUUGGCCGCAGGCAGAGCCUCACCUCCCCUGACUCGCAGCCUAGCAGACCGCAGAACAGAACAGGAACCUCUUUAUCCGACCCCAGUAGCAGGCUUUCAACAUCUCCACCCCCACCUGCAAUUGCUGUACCCUUGUUGGAGAUGGGAUUCUCCUUGCGCCAAAUUACCAAAGCUUUGGAGGCAACUGGUGCAAGAGGAGAAGCAGAUGCCCAGAACAUCACAGUGCUGGCAAUGUGGAUGAUAGAACAUCCUGGCACCGAUGAUGGGCACGAUGACCGUCCUACGAGAGGAAGUGGUGUUGGAGCUGACACGUGUGACCCCCACUGUCCAGGUGCAACAGCGUCCACUGGAGGCAAAUCUCGGGAUAGAAACUCAUAUUCAUCUUCUCCUGGAGACAUUGCUGAUGCUUCUGAAAUGGAGGAGGGCUUUAGUGAGAGUCCAGAGGGACAAGAGCAAGAUAAUCCAUCAUCCCCCGGCGGCAUUCCCCUGAGAGGACGUUCUGCUGUUUCUAGGAAGCACCACUUUGACCUGGCUGCACGUAGAUUGUUUGCCCGUGCUGCCGGGUUGUAUCGGUCAGUGCAGGCCCAACACAGCCAGUCACGCAGGGAGGUUCCAUCCCACCUGCCGCAACAAGACCCAGCCGCCCUCUAUGACUUCAACCUGCUGGACGAAGAGCUUGUGAUGGACCUGGACGAGGAGCCGAUGGAGGUCGUGUUUGGCCACGACCUUUCCAGUGACACUGACAUUCUGGGAAUGUGGAUCCCGGAGGUACUGGAUUGGCCAACAUGGCACGUAUGUGAGACAGAUGAUCGUGAUGAAAUGGUGGUAUGUGAACUGUGCGAAGCAAAUGUGGCCAACUUCAAUCAACAUAUGAAGAAAAGCCACCCCGGUUGCGGUCGCAGUGCCAACAGGCAAGGCUACCGUAGCAACGGCGCCUAUGUAGAUGGCUGGUUUGGAGGGGAGUGCGGUAGCGGAAACCCCUACUACCUUCUUUGUGGUGCCUGUAGGGAGAAAUACUUAGCCAUCAAAAGCAAGGCAAAAGUUCCCAUUAUGGAAAGACAUAAGGGUCAGGCUCCUGACCUUCUGGGAAAGCAAGACAGUGUCUAUGAAGAGGACUGGGACAUGAUGGAUGUUGAUGAAGACAAGAAGCUAACAGGGGAAGAGGAAUUUGAGCUUAUAGCAGGUUCAUUAGGCCUGAGUGAACGCAGGGCUAUCCCAGAGGCUGUGCAGUUCCCCGAUAGUGACCCUUUGGGGGCCUCUGCAGCCAUGGUAACUGCCACCAACAGUAUGGAGGAGACACUGUUGCAGAUUGGCUGUCAGAUGUCAGUGGAUAAGAGUUCGUCAGGCAGAGUAACACUUGGGGAACAGGCAGCCGGUCUACAGAAUCCUCAUGAUCGAGUGAUGGCCCUAAGAAGGGUGACUUCUGCAGCCCAGGUUCUGCUUGCCAGGACCAUGGUGAUGAGAGCCCUGUCUCUCCUCUCCGUCAGUGGUUCGAGUUGCAGCCUUGCCGCUGGUCUGGAGUCACUUGGUUUAACAGAUAUCAGGACUCUGGUCAGGUUCAUGUGCCUGGCUGCAGCAGGCCGAGCUGGACUGUCGACUGGUCCUACAGCUGUGUCUGGCCAUGUUGAAAGGACACGUGGCGCUGCCAAGGCCAGCAAACCCAUUUCCAGUCUGGCUUAUCUCAGCACUGCAGUGGGCUGCUUAGCCUCAAAUAGCCCCAAUGCUGCCAAACUCUUGGUGGAUAUCUGCACUGGGAAUCUGAUUUAUGCAGCAACAGGCCUGAAUCUUACAACAGUGGAUGAUCCUGUCCAGAGGAAAUUCCUGCCCAGCUUCCUACGCGGUAUGGCGGAGGAAAACAAGCUUAUAACAUCUCCUAACUUUGUCGUGACACAGGCCUUAGUAGCUCUCCUGGCAGAUAAAGUGGCUAAACUCAGGCCUGCUUAUGACAAGGCUGAUAUGGAGAAAAGGGGUCUAAUUGCGCAUUUGUAUGCCCAUCCUUCCCAUAAUCCCUCCGCUGUAGGCACGCUGGAUCUGGCCAACGCUCUGGCAGCCUGCUGCCUGUCCUCCAGGCUUUUUUCACAACAUCGACAGUGGGCUGCCCAGCAGCUAGUGCGCACACUAGCAGCCCAUGACCGUGACAAUCAGAGCAGGCCACAGACAUUUGCUGAUAUGGCAGGCGACCUGCGAAAGUGCUCUUUUAUUAAGUUGGAUGCUCAUCAGAGUAGGGUCCUCACAUGCUGUUGGUGCAAAAAGAAAGGCUUGUUGGCAACUAGUGGCAACGAUGGCACAGUCAGGGUGUGGAAUGUUACCAAAAGCCAGUAUACCCUCCAGCAGACUUGUAUCUUCAAUAAGGAUGAUGGUUCUUCAGAGGAUGGCCGGACAUGUUUGGGGUCACCCAGUGAUGUGUGUUCACCUCCAGUGGCUUGGAGUGUGACUGGAAAAUAUCUUGCAUCUGCCAUGGAGAAAAUGGUGAACAUCUGGCAAGUAAAUGGUGGUAAAGGCCUUUUGGAUGUGCAGCCUCAUUGGGUUUCAGCACUGGCUUGGCCCGACGAUGAACCAGAGUCUUUGUGGUCUGGAGAACCCACAGACAUGCUUCUGGUUGGUCGAAUGGAUGGAUCACUAGGCCUCAUUGAAGUACUGGAUUCCUGUAGUAUGCACCGCACUGAGCUGGAGCACUGCUACAGGAAAGAUGUGGCGGUGAUGAACGUUGCCUGGUACAGUGAAGACAAGCCUUUUGCAGUGGGCUACGCAGACGGCAAGCUACUGAUUGGAUCCAAAGAGCCCUUAGAACAAGGAGCCAUCGUGGUCAUUGAUGCUCACAAUGAAUCAAUCACUAAUAUGAAGUGGAGUCCUACAGGUCAAAUCUUGAUGACAUGUGCUAAAGAAGAGACUGUGAAACUUUGGGCCAAUCCUAACAGUCGUUCUGAACUGGGUGCGAACUGGCAUUGUUUAAUGAAUCUGAAACAACCCUCCCUGGUUAAUGGUGUCGCCUGGUGCAGCUUACCUGGAUGUGGCCCGAAGCCCCUCAGCAUGCUAGCUAUAUGCUGUCAAAACGGUCUGGUUACAGUCUGGACUGUUCCACAGGUCGUCUCAGACUACCCAGAAUCCUGUUCCACAGACUCAGAGGAGUGGUGGGAAAAAGAAACAAAUCCUAAAUCCAUGUCUUCAGAAUGGUCGCAAGACAGAGCAAAGUGUGUUUUCCAACUGAAAGGCCAUAUAACGCCAGUGAGAAUUGUUGCCUUUAGUCCCGAUGGCCUAGCUUUAGCCUCUGGGGGUGUUGGAGGUCUCAUGAACAUCUGGUCCCUGAGAGAUGGGUCAGUAGUUCAAACAGUUGUUGCUGGUUCAGGGGCCAUUCAGAAUAUCGUGUGGAUCCCAGAUGUUGGUGUUGCCGUCUGCACCAAUAGGUCAAAGGAUGUGUUGGUUGUAAAUUGCUCAAAAGAGUUCAUUGCAACUAACCAUGUGUUGGCCACUUGUCGAAAAGCUCUUAAGAAGCAGGGUGUAGUGGGCCUCAACAUGGCACCUUGCAUGAGGGCCUUCCUUGAGAGACUACCUCUUAUGUUGCAGGAGCAGUAUGCAUAUGAGAAGCCACAUGUAGUAUGUGGGGAGCAACUUAUCCACAGCCCCUACAUGCAGUGCCUCGCCUCUCUGGCAGUGGGACUUCACCUGGACAAGCUCCUAUGCUACCCACCAGUGCCGCCAUCUCUCCGACACUGCCCACUUGAGUCUGGCUCUGCCAUCUGCGGUGGCAGUGCCAGUGAGUGGGCCUGGCUGGACUGCUUCUCAACAACAGUGAAGGCAGCAGAAGCUCUGGCUCGAGGUGCUUCCUUCCCAGAGUCUUUUACUGUUCCUGACCUGGAACCUGUUCCCAAAGAUGAAAUGGCUUUGCUAAUGGACAACACUAAAUGGGUCUCAGGUAUGGAUGAACAAAUAAUGUCCUGGGCCACCUCUAGACCUGAGGAUUGGCACCUCGGAGGGAAAUGUGAUGUGUAUUUAUGGGGUGCUGGACGACAUGGACAGUUGGCUGAGGCUGGCAGAAACAUUUUGGUACCGACCAUUGCACCCUCCUUCUCGCAGGCGCAGCAGGUCGUGUGUGGUCAGAACUGCACCUUUGUUAUGCAACCUAACGGUACUGUGUUGGCCUGUGGAGAGGGUAGCUAUGGUCGUCUGGGACAAGGCAACUCUGAUGACCUGCAUGUCCUCACUGUCAUCUCAGCGCUUCAAGGUUUUGUCGUGACUCAGUUGGUGACAUCAUGUGGUAGCGACGGCCAUUCCAUGGCACUGACAGAAAGCGGUGAGGUUUUUAGUUGGGGUGAUGGUGACUAUGGCAAGCUGGGCCACGGAAACAGUGACCGCCAACGCCGACCAAGACAGAUUGAAGCUCUUCAAGGAGAAGAGGUUGUACAGAUGUCUUGCGGAUUCAAACACACUGCGGUUGUAACAGCUGAUGGAAAGCUAUUCACUUUUGGUAAUGGUGAUUAUGGCAGACUUGGUUUGGGAAACACUUCCAACAAGAAGCUGCCAGAGAAAGUCACAGCUCUGGAAGGAUACCAAGUUGGUCAGGUUGCGUGCGGUUUGAACCACACCUUGGUCGUUUCAGCUGAUGGAAUGAUGGUUUGGGCAUUUGGUGAUGGGGACUAUGGAAAACUGGGACUUGGGAAUUCUACAGCUAAGUCUUCACCACAGAAAGUGGAAUUGCUAUGUGGAAUUGGCAUCAAAAAAGUGGCUUGUGGCACACAGUUCUCUGUGGCUUUGACAAAAGAUGGCAAAGUUUUUACGUUUGGUAAAGACCGCCUAAUUGGUUUGCCAGAAGCCCGGGCGAGGAACCACAACCGUCCCCAACAGGUUCCUGCUCUGUCAGGCAUCCACAUCCAAGAUGUCGCUGCAGGAGCUGAGCACACUUUGGUUCUCUCCUCCACAGGGGACGUUUACACAUGGGGCAGCAACUUAGAGGGCCAGCUGGGUCUGGGCCACACUAACCAUGUAAGAGAACCUACCUUGGUGACAGUACUGCAAAACAAGGGCAUCAACCAAAUCACUGCUGGACGUUGUCAUAGUGCAGCAUGGACCGCUCCCUCUGUGCCACCCCGAGCACCAGGGUCCUCAGUCCCUCUCCAGCUCGGUUUGCCUGUGGCUGUACCCCCUCAGUAUAGCGUGCUCAAGGAGGUGAGCAUGGAGGCUGUGAGGGCUCGUCUGCGCCUCCUUUAUCACUUCUCUGACCUCAUGUACUCAUCUUGGAGACUUCUCAACCUCAGUCCCAACAAUCAGAGCUGCACCUCUCGCUACAACGCAGGCACCUGGGGGAUUGUUCAGGGCCAGUUAAGACCAUUAUUAGCCCCCAGAGUUUACACUCUCCCCAUGGUGCGCUCUAUUGGCAAAACUAUGGUGCAAGGCAAGAACUACGGUCCCCAGAUCACUGUCAAACGGAUCUCCACAAGGGGACGGAAAUGUAAACCCAUCUUUGUCCAGAUUGCCCGUCAGGUUGUGAAACUGAAUGCUUCAGACCUUCGUCUUCCUUCAAGAGCCUGGAAGGUGAAGCUUGUAGGUGAGGGAGCUGAUGACGCUGGAGGGGUCUUUGAUGAUACCAUCACAGAGAUGUGUCAGGAAUUAGAGACCGGUGUAGUAGACCUGCUCAUCCCAUCCCCCAAUGCCACUGCUGAGGUUGGCUACAACAGGGACAGAUUCCUCUUCAACCCAUCAUCCUGUUUGGAUGAGCACAUGCUCCAGUUUAAGUUCCUUGGCAUUCUAAUGGGCGUGGCCAUUCGUACUAAGAAGCCCCUGGAUCUUCACUUGGCACCUCUGGUAUGGAAGCAGCUGUGCUGUAUUCCUCUUCUCCUUGAAGAUCUGGAGGAAGUGGACCUCCUGUAUGUGCAGACCCUGAAAAGCAUUCUUCACAUCGAAGACAGUGGCAUCACUGAGGACAAUUUCCACGAGAUGAUUCCACUGGAUUCCUUUGUUGGACAAAGCGCUGAUGGUAAGAUGGUGCCCAUCAUCCCAGGAGGAAACAGCAUCCCUCUCACUUUCUCCAAUCGAAAGGAAUAUGUGGAAAGGGCCAUUGAGUACCGUCUACAUGAAAUAAAUCUGCAGGUGGCAGCUGUGCGUGAAGGCAUGUCGUGGAUUGUGCCGGUGCCGCUACUGUCCCUGCUAACGGCCAAGCAGCUUGAGCAGAUGGUGUGCGGAAUGCCUGAGAUCUGCUGCGACGUGCUCAAGAAGGUGGUGCGCUACCGAGAGGUGGAUGAGCAGCACUCGCUGGUCCAAUGGUUCUGGCAGACUCUGGACGAGUUUUCCAAUGAGGAGCGAGUCCUCUUCAUGCGCUUUGUGUCCGGACGCUCCAGGUUACCCGCCAACACUGCCGAUAUCUCGCAGAGGUUUCAGAUCAUGAAAGUGGACCGGCCAUACGACAGCCUUCCCACCUCCCAGACGUGCUUCUUCCAGCUGCGUCUGCCGCCCUACUCUAGCCAGACCGUCAUGGCCGAGCGGCUGCGCUACGCCAUUAACAACUGCCGCUCCAUCGACAUGGACAACUACAUGCUCUCUCGCAACGUGGACAACGCCGAGGGCUCCGACACGGACUAUUGACGCUCACUUGAAGGGCCAGGAAUGAGCCGGCGUGCACACAUUGACCGGAAUGCCUCACAAAUCCUGAGAUGGGUCAUCAUCACUGCACCAGUAUUGAAACUCCACAGCAAAUGGGCCAUAUUUUACUUUCAUUUUUAUGUAUAUUUUCAAACGGCACAAAGUUUCUUUGUCCCUGUGACUUAGAAACUUUUUAAUGACACAAAAAUCUUCACAAGUGCAUUUAUUAUGUGUGCGUGUGUUUUUUUUGUUUUUUUUAAACUCCACGUCACGAGUUCGUGGUUGUCCAUGGAGUUAUUUGUUUGGAAAUGUGCAAAGGACAAAUAUAUUAUGUACAUCGUGUAAAAUGAUUCACAGCAAAUUUAUUGCAGUAACAUCCAUAUUUAUUGUUUUAUUGCCCAGUACACCUGAUUUCCCUACACACCCAAACCAACAAUAAAUGCUGCAGAAUGGA